UGUGUGCUGUAUUGUUUUAUAUCAUUAAAUUGAGUACGGAUAAUUUAAAAUUUAAAUAUCUAUUGUUUCAAAUAAAGACCCUAGUGUUGACACAUUAUUAAGUUUCUGAAAAAGAUUGCUAGUCAGAAGAUGUGGACUUGAAGUAAUGGUUUUACUUUUAAACAUGAAUAAUACAAGGACAUACCUUUGAAGAAAAAAGAAGGACUAAACAUACGUCAGAGAUACAUUUGUUCUGGCGAAUAAAGGCACAUAAUACAGGAAUUAAUUAUAUUGUAAUAAAAUUAAAGAAAAUGCCAACGCGCGACUGGUACACGGUACAGCGAGAUUACGAGGAUGAAGUACGGCACAAGCCCGCUGAUGACGUCAAAAAGCGGAUCGUGAUUCCUGAACCGGUGCCGGCUGGAAAUCGCCUCGCGCAUUUUAUCCGCUCCGUCCACUGGAACUCGAAGGGGAUGCUGCCGUCUACCGCCGGAUCCCAGCGCUCCUACGAUAAGUACAACACGGUCACCAAGCUCUCGUUCCAGGGACCGGAUGGCUUCCAUAUAGCUCCCGGGGAGGCUGCAGGGGGCUUUGACAGGAAACGUGAGACAGUGGAAGACGUCAUGUUGACGCCACGUAACCAGAUCUUCAAUCGAUGGAAGGUGCCAGAUCGGUAUGUUACGGAGUCGGCCCCUCCCACCCCCGCCCCCAUGCCCGCUACACCAAGCUACAAACCUGACACACCCGCAAACCUCCAGCCGGACGUGAAAGUUCACACACCAUCUGUUCCCAUGACGCCACUUCCGGUGAAGGCGUCAUUUGCGGGCAUACCAGCGGUUCCCGGCUCAGCCAAACCUGCUUCACUCAAACCGGCUUCCAGAAUGAAUCGUGAAAUGUCUCUUCCCAACAUCAAACUGAAGUCACAACCUACACUUGCCCGCGUGGAAUCUCGCAAUGGCCUCCAACCUAGCCUGCCGAACACGCCUCGGUCCGCCGCCUCUAAGCCGUGCAGUCCACCAGUAUUUCCGGUUCGCCGGGCAAACACGAUCAUCGGUGACACUAGGAAGAAAACCCCGGAGCUAAACCUGAACGGGAUGCGAUAUGCCCUCAAACCGGAAGCGGUUCCACAAGCGGAAGCAUGGUUGAGUAACGCGAGCGCCGCCGACAAGCAGGUGAUAGAACGCGUUCUCAAGAUGGCUGGCAAGAAACAGGAAGUGGAAACGAGCAUGCGCAGAACGCUUCUUCCGGACGCCAAGCACAGCGUAGAAAAAUGGAUGAAGGAUGCGAACGAAAACGGUGGUUUUUCAGACCGAGAACGUCACGUGGCGCUGGACUUCUUCAACUCUCUGGCCGGAAGUCAGCUGAUGGGGAUGACGGUGGACGCGCAGCGGAAACGCCUCAAGGACGUCAUCAACACACUCGAGGAAGCUAAGGUGGACCGCAUGCCUUACAACGGCCGUGUCAAGCAGACGAACAAGCGAAGGAAGGAGAGGAUAUCUGACGGAAAACUCCAAUACAUUCGGCUACUAACGCCGGACACGCGGAAGAAUCAGUGGAUGCACACCACUUGGCACCACCUUCCCGAGUACAAGGACGACGACCCCGUGGCUAACCUGAGCUCUCACUACACGCGGCCGCACGCGCACAUCCCGCGCCAUUUUGUUAUCCACCCCGAUUGGGGCUAACCCAAUAACUGCCUGCCUAGUCUAACUCGUGGAACUACUUUUUCUAUUUUUAGAAUUAUUGUCUUUAAGACAACGUCCUAAGGAUUCAUUUUCGCUAUUGUAUUGUUUGUUUUCACAAUGUUGUUAGCUUGUUGUUGUUGACUUUCUCUUUUAUACAUUUUAACAGUAUUUAUAAGUGAUUAUUUUAUAAUGGUCACUUUUUAUAUGAUUUGUAAUCAGAGUUUUAUAUGUCUUUUUACGAUAUUAUUAUUGGAACUUUUUCUUAUUAAGUAACUUAUACGUGUAUGACUGGACUAUCAUCUUAUCGUUGAUGUUAUUCACCUGUCUGUACAUGUAGAAGACUAACUAAUUCAUACUUCUGUCUAUAUUAUACAUAUACUAAAUACUGCCAUUCUGUAAGUGACAAUAUAUUAAUGAUAAUGUCUUUUUUAAAGGGACAUAAAUACGACGAGGUGUAAAUAACCGGAAAUCAUCGGAAACCGAACUGUCUGAAUAGUGUUUAGUUCAUUUGAUUUGUCAUAGAAAGACAUAGCGGCCAUCUUUUCAACACGUGUAUCGAAAGAUUAUUUUUCGAAAAAAAAACCCGACAAACUUUUGAGUGGUUAAAAUAUUUGUUUCGAAACUCAUGGCUUCAUGGUCAGCUUUAAUAUUUAGCAAAGUUUAUUUGAUCGUUUAAGUACAACGUUCAAUUUCAUUUGUGAAACUCACUCAGUAUUUCACUAAAAUAUUGAUCUUACAAUAACUAUUUGUCGGACGCUCAGUGGAAAGGUGGCCGAAUACAGUAUGACUUUGUCUAGAUUGGAAUUGUUCUUAUUGCAUUAUAGCUAUUAUCUGUGAUAGAAAUGUUGAAUUUUGAUUAUUUCAUGUGGAGUAUUUUAUCUGUUUGCAUUCACAUUGAAUAAAACCCGAAAAAUAAAUCGUUUCAAGAAUGAAA